GCAAGAUCUGAGGCCUCUGCUCCCACCGACAAAGGGAAGGCGGAGCCUGCCGAGUUCACCGAGGAAAAUAUGAAGCAGGAGGUCCCAGAGCUAUCUUCCGAAAGCAAACCACCAGCGGCGGCAUUGGCAGCAGCAGCAGCUGGGGCUGACGCCAGCACGCGAGCAGCGCAGGGAGGGCCUCCGCCACUCACUCCAGACUCCGCUUCUCGCGCAGAACAUAAACAAGGCAGCGGAGCCGCGCUUCACAGGGCCUCCCGCGAGAGGAGCUCCGAGCCUGCCUCCGAAGUUGCCCCGCAGACCGAGAGCCAGCCAGAGGACGCCUGCGACCCGGAGCCCGCGUCUCCAGACUCAGCAGCCAUGCGGAAGAAGAUUGUGGUGGUCGAGGAGGUGAUCGAGGUGCAGCGCCUCUGCAACCCGCAGAUGGGCCAGCAGACCCCGGAGGAGCUUGACCCCGACCUCAUCGGCCCCGACAUCGACAUGGACAUCGUGACGGAAUUAGCCCUGGAGGGUGCCAGAGGGGCCGUCACCGAGGGGGCGGCUGCUGUCGCCACCCGUCACCCCGUCCCCGAGUGUGAGUGGGACCUCGGAGAGGACGAGCCGGAGGAGAAAACCUGGCCCAACUUUGUAGAAGAUGAACGGGACCGGGUUCAGAAAAAGACCUUCACGAAAUGGGUCAACAAGCACUUGAUGAAGCACUGGAGCGCUGAGGCCCAGCGCCAUGUGACUGACCUGUAUGAAGACCUCCGAGAUGGACACAACCUGAUCUCCCUGCUGGAGGUGCUCUCCGGGAAGACACUGCCGAGGGAGCGGGACGUUGUCAGGAACUUGCGGUUGCCCCGGGAGAAGGGACGAAUGCGCUUCCACAAGCUGCAGAAUGUACAGAUAGCACUGGACUUCCUCAAACAGCGAGAGGUCAAACUGGUGAAUAUCAGAAACGAUGACAUCGCCGAUGGGAACCCCAAGCUGACCCUUGGGCUGAUAUGGACCAUCAUUCUUCACUUCCAGGUGUCACACAUCGCAGCCCCUCCCGAUAUCUCAGACAUCCAGGUCAACGGGCAGUCGGACGACAUGACGGCCAAGGAAAAGCUGCUGCUGUGGUCCCAGCGCAUGGCGGAGGGCUACCAGGGCAUCCGCUGUGACAACUUCACCACCAGCUGGAGGGACGGCAAGCUCUUCAAUGCCGUCAUCCACAAGCAUGAGCCUAGGCUCAUUGACAUGAGCAAAGUGUACCGGCAGACCAACCUGGAGAACCUGGAGCAGGCCUUCAAUGUGGCGGAGAAAGACCUGGGUGUCACACGGCUGCUGGACCCAGAGGAUGUGGAUGUGCCGCAUCCAGAUGAGAAGUCCAUCAUAACCUACGUCUCCUCCCUGUAUGACGCCAUGCCCCGCGUGCCUGACGUGCAGGAUGGCGUCAAAGCCAAUGAGCUGGAGCUGCGCUGGCAGGAGUAUUACGAACUGGUCACCCUGCUGCUUCAGUGGAUCCGCCACCAUGUCGUCGUCUUCGAAGAGAGGAGGUUCCCCACCAGCUACGAGGAGAUCGAGAUUCUGUGGCGCCAGUUCCUGAAGUUCAAAGAGACUGAACUCCCUGCCAAGGAAUCGGACAAGAACCGCUCAAAACACAUCUUCAAAUCUUUCGAGGGUGCAGUUCAGUCCGGCCAGAUAAAGGUCCCCCCAGGUUACCACCCCAUCGAUGUGGAAAAAGAAUGGGGCCGCCUCCACGUGGCUAUUCUGGAGAGAGAGAGGCUGCUCAGGACAGAGUUUGAGAGAUUAGAGAGACUUCAGAGGAUUGUCAGUAAGGUCCAGAUGGAGUCUGGGGUCUGUGAGGAGCAGCUCAACCAGGUGGAGACCCUGCUCCAGACGGAUAUCCGUCUGCUGAAUGCAGGGAAGCCUGCCCAGCACACAGCUGAGGUGGAGAAGGACCUGGACAAAGCCGAUGGCAUGAUCAGACUGCUCUUCAAUGAUGUGCAGCUGCUCAAGGAUGGGCGCCACCUGCAGGCUGAACAGAUGUACAGGAGGGUAUACCGCCUGCACGAGCGGCUGGUCAACCUCCGCACCGAGUACAACCUGCGGCUCAAGUCUGGCGUGACCACCACCCACAUCCCCAUGACCCAGACCGUGCAGCAGUCCUCCAUGAGGGUGAGGCCCGAGCUGGACGAUGUCACACUGCGCUACGUCCAGGACCUGCUGGCCUGGGUGGAGGAGAACCAGCGCCGGAUCGAGACGGCGGAGUGGGGCUCCGACCUGCCCUCUGUGGAAUCUCAGCUGGGCAGCCACAGGGGCCUGCACCAGACGGUCGAGGACUUCCGGGCCAAGAUCGAGCGGGCACGCGCUGACGAGAGCCAGCUGUCUCCUGUCAGUAAGGGUGCCUACAGAGAAUACCUGGGGAAGCUGGACCUGCAGUAUGCCAAGCUGUUGAACUCUUCCAAGUCUCGCCUUCGCCACCUGGACCAACUGCACGCCUUUGUCACUGCUGCCACCAAAGAGCUCAUGUGGCUCAACGACAAGGAGGAGGAGGAGGUGCACUACGACUGGAGUGACCGCAACACCAACAUGACUGCCAAGAAGGACAACUACUCGGGUCUGAUGCGUGAGCUGGAACAGAGGGAGAAGAAGGUGAACGACAUCCAGUCCACAGGCGAGAGGCUCCUUAAGGAGGGCCACCCUGGCAAGAAGACGGUGGAGGCCUUCACAGCUGCCCUACAGACUCAGUGGAGCUGGAUCCUGCAGCUGUGCUGCUGCAUCGAAGCCCACCUAAAGGAAAACACCGCGUACUACCAGUUCUUUGCAGAUGUGAAGGAGGCUGAGGAGCGGUUGAAGAAGAUGCAGGAGACCAUGAAGAAGAAGUACACCUGCGACCGCUCCGUCACGGUCACCCGUCUGGAGGACCUGCUGCAGGACGCCGUGGAGGAGAAGGAGCAGCUGAAUGAGUUCAAGACCCACAUUGCCGGCCUGAACAAGCGGGCCAAGACCAUCAUCCAGCUGAAACCACGUGACCCUGCCACUCCCCUGAAGGGCAAGCUGCCAAUCCAGGCUGUCUGCGACUUCAAACAGAUGGAGAUCACAGUCCACAAAGGUGAGGAGUGCGCACUGCUGAACAACUCCCAGCCCUACAAGUGGAAGGUGCUGAACAUGUCAGGGACAGAGGCCACGGUCCCCUCCGUCUGCUUCCUUAUCCCGCCUGUCAACAAAGAGGCGAUGGAGAGCGUGUCCAGCCUGGACGGCAUUCACCAGAAGCUGGUGGCCAUGUGGCAACGGCUGCACAUCGACAUGAGGAGCAUGCUCUCCUGGCAGUACCUGAUGAGGGACAUCCAGCAGAUCCACUCCUGGAACAUCCUCAUGUUUAAGACCAUGAAGGUGGAGGAGUACAAGCUGGUGCUGCGGAACCUGGAGCUGCACUACCAGGAUUUCAUGCGGGACAGCCAGGACUCCCAGCUGUUCGGGCCCGACGACCGCAUGCAGAUUGAGAACGACUAUAACAAGGCCACCCACUACUACGACAACCUCCUGCGCACCUUGGAGAAAGGCUCUCUGGUCAGCCCCAGAGGGGAACAAGAUGAGUCCGUGUGCAAGAGCUACAUCACCCAGAUUAAGGACCUCCGGCUACAGCUGGAGGCCUGUGAGACUCGAACCAUCAGCCGGAUCCGUCAGCCUGUGGAGAAGGACCCAGUCAAGGACUGUGCCCAGAGGACCUCUGAGCAGAAGAAAGUCCAGACGGAGCUCGAGGGCAUCAAGAAGAACCUGGACAAGGUUGCAGAGAAGUCGGAGGCCGUCCUGGCGUCCCCAGAGCAGUCAAGCUCCACCCCCAUCCUGCGCUCAGAGCUGGACAUCACCCUGCAGAAGAUGGACCAUGUCUACAGCCUGUCCUCCAUUUAUCUGGAGAAGCUGAAGACCAUCGAUGUGGUCAUCCGUAACACGCAGGGAGCCGAAGAGGUUGUGAAGAAGUACGAGGACCGCCUGCGGGAGGUCAACAAGGUGCCCACCGACCUCAAGGAGGUGGAGGCCUACCGCACUCAGCUGAAGAAAAUGCGCAGCGAGGCGGAGAGCCAGCAGCCCGUGUUCGACGGCCUGGAGGAGGAGGUGCGCAGGGCGUCGGCGGUGAGCGAUCGCAUGUCCCGCGUGCACAGCGAGCGCGAUGGCGAGCUGGACCAUUACCGGCAGCAGCUGGGCAGCCUGCAGGAGCGCUGGCAGGCCAUCUUCGCCCAGAUGGAGCUGCGCCAGCGCGAGCUGGAGCAGCUGGGCCGGCAGCUGGGCUACUACCGCGAGAGCUACGACUGGCUCAUCCGCUGGAUCGCCGACGCCAAGCAGCGGCAGGAGAAGAUCCAGGCCGUGCCCAUCGGGGACAGCAAGACGCUCAAGGAGCAGCUCGCCCAGGAGAAGAAACUUCUGGAAGAGAUUGAGAAAAACAAAGAAAAAGUCGACGAGUGUCAGAAAUACGCUAAGGCAUACAUUGAUGCCAUCAAGGAUUAUGAACUUCAGCUGGUGACAUACAAAGCUUUGGUAGAGCCUUUGGCUUCACCGUUGAAGAAAACCAAAAUGGAGUCUGCUUCAGACAACAUCAUUCAGGAAUAUGUCACUCUGAGGACCCGCUACAGUGAGCUGAUGACUCUGACCAGCCAGUACAUCAAGUUCAUCACCGACACACAGCGCCGCCUGGAGGAUGAGGAGAAAGCUGCUGAAAAACUUAAAGAGGAAGAGAGGAAAAAGAUGGCGGAGAUGCAGGCUGAGUUAGACAAACAGAAGCAGUUAGCUGAGGCUCAUGCAAAAGCAAUUGCCAAAGCAGAGAAAGAGGCCCAGGAGCUAAAGCUGAAGAUGCAAGAGGAGGUUAGCAAAAGGGAGGUUGUCGCCGUAGAUGCAGAAAAGCAGAAGCUCAACAUUCAGCAGGAGCUGCACGAGCUCAAAAACCUCUCUGAGCAGCAGAUCAAAUCGAAAAGUCAGCAGGUGGAGGAGGCCCUACAGAGCCGCACCAAGAUAGAGGAGGAGAUCCGCAUUAUCAGGCUCCAGCUGGAGACCACCAUGAAGCAGAAGGGCACAGCCGAGACUGAGCUCCAGCAGCUCAGGGACAGGGCAUCCGAGGCCGAGCGCCUGAGGAAGGCCGCCCAGGAGGAGGCAGAGAAGCUGCGCAAGCAGGUGAACGAGGAGACCCAGAAAAAGCGCAAAGCUGAGGAGGAGCUGAAGCUGAAAUCCGAAGCCGAGAAGGAGGCUGCCAAGCAGAAGCAGAGGGCCCUGGAUGACCUGGAGAAGCUCAAGAUGCAGGCUGAGGAGGCAGAGAGGCGUAUGAAGCAGGCUGAGGUGGAGAAGGACAAACAAAUCAAACUGGCUCAUGAAGUGGCUCAGAAGACUGCUGCUGCCGAGCUUCAGAGCAAGCGCAUGUCCUAUGCUGAGAAGACAACAAAGCUGGAGGAGUCUCUCAAGCAGGAGCACGUCACCAUAAUCCAGCUACAGGAAGAGGCGGAACGUCUCAAAAAGCAACAGGAUGAGGCUGACAAGGCUAGAGAGGAGGCGGAGAAGGAGCUGGAGAAAUGGAGGCAGAAGGCCAACGAAGCCCUCCGCUUGAGGCUCCAGGCUGAGGAGGAGGCUCACAAGAAGACGCUUGCACAGGAGGAGGCAGAGAAGCAGAAGGAUGAUGCUGAGCGUGAAGCCAAGAAGAGGGCCAAAGCUGAAGAGUCAGCCCUGAAGCAGAAGGAAAUCGCUGAGAAGGAGCUGGAGAAACAGAGGAAGCUAGCUGAGGGCACAGCCCAGCAGAAGCUGUCAGCAGAGCAGGAGCUCAUCCGGCUGAGGGCAGACUUUGAUCAUGCCGAGCAGCAGAGGUCCGUGCUGGAGGAUGAGCUCUUCCGCCUCAAAAAUGAGGUGAGUGCUGCUGAACAACAGAGGAAGCAACUGGAGGAUGAGCUGGCCAAAGUGAGAAGUGAAAUGGACCUUCUCUUAGAGCAGAAAGCCAAAGCUGAGAAAGAGUCAAUGUCUAACACUGAGAAGAGCAAGCGGCUCCUUGAGGCUGAAGCAGCUAAGAUGAGGGACCUGGCUGAAGAGGCAGCCAAAAUGAGGGCAAUUGCUGAGGAAGCGAAGAAGCAGAGGCAAGUCGCUGAGCAGGAAGCAGCUCGACAGAGAGCAGAAGCUGAGCGAAUCCUCAAGGAGAAGCUGGCUGCCAUCAACGAGGCCACACGUCUGAAGACUGAAGCUGAGAUUGCCCUCAAAGAAAAAGAGGCAGAAAAUGAGAGGCUGAGAAGACAGGCUGAAGAUGAAGCUUACCAGAGAAAGGCUUUGGAGGACCAGGCAACUCAGCACAAACAAGAUAUUGAUGAAAAGAUCAACCAGCUGAAGAAGUCCUCUGACGCUGAACUGGAAAGGCAGAAGACAAUCGUGGAGGAAACGCUGAAGCAGCGCAGGAUUGUCGAGGAAGAGAUUCGCAUCCUUAAACUCAACUUUGAGAAGGCCUCCUCUGGCAAACUAGACCUAGAGCUGGAGCUGAACAAAUUGAAAAACAUCGCAGAAGAGACACAGCAAAGCAAAAUCCAGGCUGAAAAGGAAGCAGAGAAACUCCGAAAGCUGGCCCUGGAGGAGGAGAACAGGAGAAGGGAAGCAGAGGAGAAAGUGAAGAAAAUCGCUGCCGCUGAGGAGGAAGCCGCUCGCCAACGCAAGGCUGCCCAAGAGGAAGUUGAGCGGCUCAAGAAGAAAGCCGCUGAGGCCAAGAAGCAAAAAGAGGACGCUGACAAAGAAGCAGAGACACAGAUCCUCCUCGCCAAAGAGGCUGCACAGAAAUGCAGUGCUGCUGAGCAGCAGGUUCAGAGCGUUCUUGUUCAGCAGAAGGAAGACAGUAUCAUGCAGAACAAACUGAGACAGGAGUUUGAGAAGGCCAAGAAGCUUGCAAAAGAAGCCGAGGCAGCUAAAGAGAAAGCGGAAAGGGAGGCCGCUCUCCUCCGGCAAAAAGCAGAGGACGCAGACCGACAGAAGCAAGCCGCUGAAGAGGAGGCUUCCAAACAAGCCAAAGCCCAGGAGGAUGCUGAGAGACUGCGGAAGGAAGCAGAGUUUGAGGCCAGCAAGCGAGCCCAAGCUGAAGCAGCAGCUCUGAAACAGAAGCAGCAAGCAGAUGCUGAAAUGGAGAAACACAAGCAGCUUGCUGAACAGACACUGAAGCAGAAGUCUCAGGUAGAGCAGGAACUGACCAAGGUGAAGCUACAGCUGGACGAGACAGACAAUCAGAAAGCCCUCCUGGACACAGAGCUGCAACGCCUCAAAGAUGAGGUCACUGACGCAGUCAAGCAGAAGGCCCAGGUGGAGGAUGAACUGUUCAAAGUUAAGAUCCAGAUGGAGGAGCUGAUGAAGCUGAAGAUCAGAAUCGAGGAAGAGAACAAGCGGCUGAUCCAGAAAGACAAGGACAACACUCAGAAAUUCCUGGAAGAGGAAGCGGAGAACAUGAAGAAGCUGGCAGAGGAAGCAGCCCGGCUUAGCGUCGAAGCCCAAGAGGCUGCUCGCAUGAGACAGAUUGCAGAGUCUGACCUUGCACAGCAGAGGGCUCUAGCUGAGAAAAUGCUGAAGGAGAAAAUGCAAGCCAUUCAGGAGGCCUCGAAACUGAGGGCCGAGGCUGAGAUGCUCCAAAAACAAAAGGAACUGGCUCAGGAACAGGCUCAGAAGCUGCUUGAGGACAAGCAGCUGAUGCAGCAGCGACUGGAGGAAGAGACAGAAGGCUUCCAAAAGUCCCUAGAGGCUGAGCGUAAGAGGCAGCUGGAGAUCACGGCUGAGGCAGAGAAACUCAAGCUCAGGGUCUCUCAGCUUAGCAGCGCCCAGUCCAAAGCAGAGGAGGAGGCUAAGAAAUACAAGAAGCAGGCAGAUGAGAUCAGUGCUCGCUUGCAUGAAACUGAGCUUGCCACAAAAGAGAAAAUGACUAUUGUGGAGAAAAUUGAAGUCCAGCGGUUACAAAGCAGCAAAGAGGCAGAUGAGCUUCGGAAAGCCAUCGCCGAACUUGAGAAAGAAAAGGAGAAGCUGAAAAAGGAGGCUGCAGAUUUACAGAAUAAGUCAAAAGAGAUGGCGACUGCUCAGCAGGAACAGAUUAAACAUGAGAAGACGAUCCUCCAACAGACUUUCAUUACCGAAAAGGAAAUGCUCCUGAAGAAAGAGAAGCUCAUCGAGGAUGAGAAGAAGAAGCUGGAAAAACAGUUUGAGGAAGAGGUCAACAAAGCCAAGGCCCUCAAAGAUGAGCAGGAGCGUCAAAGGAAGGCGAUGGAGGAGGAGCGGAAGAAGCUCCAGGCCAACAUGGAUGCAGCUCUCAAGAAGCAGAAGGAAGCCGAGGAAGAGAUGCGCAACAAGCAGAAAGAGAUGCAGGACCUCGAGAAGAAGAGACUUGAGCAGGAGAAACUACUUGCAGAGGAGAACAAGAAGCUUCGUGAGACGCUGCAGGAGCUCCAAAAGGCACCAACAUCCCAUACAAGAGAGAUUGAAAUCCAGACUGAUGUGGUCCCUGAGGGCGAGCUGAUUUCCAUGACAAUGGUGGAAACGACAAAGAAAGUCUUCAACGGCCAAAGCCCUACAGAUGAAGUCGACAGCAGCAAGUUGCUAGCUUUCGAUGGUAUUCGGGAGAAGGUCCCUGCAAGCAGGCUCUAUGAAAUUGGCUUACUAAGCAAAAAAGAGUAUGACAAACUGAAGAAAGGCAAAACCACCGUGCAAGAGCUUAGUCAGACUGAGAAACUGAAGACAUACCUGAAAGGCAAGAACUGCAUUGGUGGAGUCUUGGUGCAGCCCAACCAAAAAAUGAGCAUCUAUCAAGCCAUGAAGGAGAAGAAAAUUACUCCUGGCACUGCAUUAGUACUCCUUGAAGCCCAGGCAGCCUCUGGUUACAUCAUUGAUCCAAUCAACAAUAAGAAGCUUUCUGUAAAUGAAGCUGUAAAGGAGGGUCUUCUUGGGCCUGAACUGCAUAACAAAAUGCUGUCUGCUGAAAGGGCUGUGACAGGAUAUAAAGAUCCUUACACAGGUGGCAAGAUCUCUCUGUUUGAAGCCAUGAAAAAAGAUCUGAUUGUACAAGACCAUGCCAUCAGACUGCUUGAAGCUCAGAUAGCAACUGGUGGUAUAAUUGACCCAGUCAACAGUCACCGUGUGCCUGUUGAGACAGCCUACAAGCAGGGACAGUUUGACGCUGAGAUGAACAAGAUUCUUUCAGACCCUACAGAUGACACAAAAGGAUUCUUUGAUCCAAACACUCAGGAGAACCUCACAUACCUGCAGUUAAUAGGCCGAUGCAGCACAGAUCCUGAAACAGGUCUGCUCCUCCUCCCCAUCACAGAGAAAGCUGCACAAAGUGAAAGGACAUACACCGAUGAAGAAACCAAAGACGUGUUCAGCAAGACCACAGUUUCAGUGCCGUUUGGAAGAUUCAAAGGAAAGACAGUCACAAUCUGGGAAGUUAUUAACUCUGAGUACUUCACCGAAGAACAGAGGAAGGACCUAAUCCGGCAAUACAGAACUGGAAAAAUCACAGUUGAGAAAAUAAUCAGAAUUGUCAUUACUGUGGCUGAGGAGAAAGAGAAAAAGAAUGAAAUUGCAUUUGAAGGUCUGAGAGCACCGGUCCCAGCCACUGAACUUCUUGAGUCUAAGGUCAUUGACAAAGACCUUUACAAUAAGUUGCACAAGGGCAACAAAACAACUAAAGAAGUGUCUGAGCUGGAGCCAGUUAAGAAGGCCCUGAGAGGUACAGACUGUAUUGCAGGAGUCCUUAUUGAGUCAACCAAGGAGAAAAUGUCCCUCUACCAAGCCAUGAAGAAAGACAUGCUGAGAACAGGGCCUGCAUUAAAUUUGCUGGAGGCACAAGCUGGAACUGGAUUUAUCGUUGACACAGUCAAAAAUCAGAAGCUUACUGUCGAUGAUGCUGUGAAAGCUGGUGUUGUUGGCCCUGAGCUGCAUGAAAAACUACUGUCUGCUGAGAGAGCUGUUACUGGCUACAAAGAUCCCUACACUGGAAAGACUGUGUCUCUGUUUGAGGCAAUGAAGAAGGACCUCAUCAACAAAGACCAGGGUAUCCGUCUGCUAGAAGCUCAGGUGGUCACGGGAGGCAUCAUUGACCCUGUGAAAAGUUACCGCAUUCCACAUGAUGUUGCCUACAAACGAGGCUACUUCGAUGAGGACAUGAACCGGCUCCUGAGUAACCCAACGGAUGACACAAAAUGCUUCUUUGAUCCAAAUACUCAGGAAAAUGUCACAUACUUGCAGCUCCUGAACAGAUGUGUCACAGACAAAGAGACUGGUCUUAAGCUUCUGCCCUUGUCUGAACAAGCCAUCAAUGCAAAGGAAGAGACUGCCUACACCGAAGUCCAGACUAAAGAAGCUUUGAACCAGGCAACUGUGGAGUUAGAAUCUGGACCCUUCAAAGGAAGGAAAGUAACCAUCUGGGAGAUCAUCAACUCAGAAUACCUAACAGAGGAACAAAGACUUGAGCUCAUCAGGCAGUAUAGAACUGGCAAAGUGACAAUCGAAAAGAUCAUUAAGAUUGUGAUCACUAUCGUUGAUGAAAAAGAGAGCAAGAAACAAGAACAGAUCAGCUUCAAAGGACUCAGAACUCCUGUCCCUGCCAGCUCACUGCUCACCUCCAAAAUUAUUGAUAAAGCAACUUUUGAUCAGCUCCAGGAAGGCAAAAAGACACCAAAAGAAGUUGGUGAAGUUGACACAGUGAAGAAGUACUUGCAGGGCACUGAAAGCAUUGCAGGCAUCUAUGUUGAGCCAACUAAAGAAAAAGUCAGCAUUUAUCAAGCUAUGAAGAAGAAACUACUGAGGCAAAACACAGGGCUAGCAUUAUUGGAAGCUCAAGCAGCAACUGGGUUCAUUGUUGAGCCAGUCAAGAAUCAGUGCCUGUCUGUGGAUGAUGCUGUGAAAGCAGGUGUUGUUGGUCCUGAGCUUCACGAAAAACUUCUCUCUGCUGAAAAGGCAGUGACAGGUUACAACGACCCUUACACUGGCAAGAAGAUCUCUAUCUUCCAGGCUAUGCAGAAGGACCUGAUUCCAAAAGAGCAUGCCAUGCCCCUCCUGGAGGCUCAGAUAGCCACAGGAGGAAUCAUUGAUCCAGUGAACAGUCAUCGUGUACCCCUUGAUGUAGCCUACCAGCGUGGCUUUUUAAGCAAACAGAUAGCUGAGAUACUCUACGAACCUUCAGAUGAGACCAAAACUUUCUCUGACCCCAACACUGAUGAAAAUGUCACUUACAGACAGCUGAAGGACAAGUGCAUGAGAGAUCCUGAAACAGGCCUCUGCUUCAUACCCCUUUCAAAGCCUCAGGCUCCCACCGUGGUGGAAAAGACCUACCUAUACACUGAAGAGCAAACCCAGAAUGACUUGUCUAACACUCAAGUUGACAUCCCUCACGAGAGCUUUGCUGGAAAAUCAAUGUCCCUUUGGGAUGUCAUGAACUCGAACCUUCUCCCUGAAGACGAGAGGCUGAAGCUCCUUGAAGAAUACCGCUCGGGCAAAAUCACGAAGGAGCGCAUGAUCAUCAUCAUCAUUGAAAUUAUUGAGCAGAGGGAAAUCAUCAAGGGUGAGCGCAUCAUGACCUGCGAUAUGAUUCGACGAAGAGUUACCAUUGAAGAACUUUACAAUGCUCGCAUAAUUGAUCUGGAAACAUACAACCUGCUAAAGCAAGAGAAGAAGACCAUUCGGGAAAUCAUGGAAAUGGUAACAGUGAAACAGUACCUGUUUGGCACUGGCAGCAUUGCUGGUGUUCUAGCAGACUCCUCCAAAAUAAGCUUUUAUCAGGCUAUGAAGAGAGGGCUUUUGAAGCCUGAAGUCGCUCUUAGUCUCCUGGAAGCUCAGGCUGCGACCGGAUUCAUCAUUGAUCCAGUGAAAAAUGAGAUGCUCACAGUAGAUGAGGCUGUUCGAAAGGGUAUUGUGGGUCCAGAAAUCCAUGAUAAACUUCUGUCAGCUGAGAGAGCCGUCACUGGUUACAGGGAUCCUUACAGCGGCAAAAUUAUUUCCCUCUUCCAAGCAAUGAAAAAAGCCCUCGUUCCAGAGGAUUAUGCUCUAAAGCUGCUGGAGGCCCAGACUGCUACUGGAGGCCUCAUGGAUCCAGAAUUCAAUUUCCACCUUCCUACAGAUAUCGCCAUUCAGCGAGGAUACAUCAACAAGGAGACCAAUGAAAGGCUCUCUGGGGAAGUAAAGGAGUAUGUAGACCCCAUGACAGAGGAAAAAUUGUCCUAUGCUCAGCUGCUCAAGAGGUGCAAAGUCGACAGUGACAGUGGUAUGCGCUUGCUGUCACUGGCAGACAGAAGACUACUGUUCAAGGGUCUGAGAAAGCAAAUCACAAUGGAAGAACUUUUGCGCUCUCAGAUCAUUGACCAACAGACAGCAACACAGCUGAGUGAAGGUCUGAUCACAGUGGAGGAAGUCAGCAAAGGGCUCCAGAAGUACCUCGAAGGUACAAGCUGCAUCGCUGGGGUAUACAUAGAGUCCACUAAGGACCGCUUGUCAAUCUACCAGGCCAUGAAGAAGAACAUGAUCAGACCUGGGACUGCUUUUGAACUGCUUGAGGCUCAGGCUGCUACAGGAUAUGUGAUUGACCCAAUAAAGAAUCUGAAGCUGACUGUGAAUGAAGCUGUAAGGAUGGGAAUUGUGGGCCCAGAGUUCAAGGACAAGCUCCUCUCUGCAGAGCGUGCUGUGACUGGCUACAGAGACCCAUAUUCAGGCAAAACCAUCUCUCUGUUCCAGGCCAUGAAAAAGGGCCUCAUCCUGAAAGAUCAUGGAAUUCGUCUGCUGGAAGCACAGAUUGCCACAGGUGGAAUCAUUGACCCAGAGGAAAGUCACCGCUUGCCAGUAGAAGUGGCCUACAAGCGCGGCCUCUUUGAUGAAGAGAUGAAUGAAAUUCUCACAGACCCAUCUGAUGACACCAAGGGUUUCUUUGAUCCAAACACAGAAGAGAACCUGACCUACCUGCAGCUGAUGGAGAGGUGCAUCACAGACCCUGACACCGGGCUAGUGCUCCUCCUCCUGAAGGAAAAGAAGCGGGAGAGGAAGACCUCCUCAAAAUCCUCUGUCCGCAAACGUAGAGUGGUCAUUGUGGACCCAGAGACAGGCAAAGAAAUGUCUGUGUAUGAGGCCUACCGCAAAGGGCUCAUUGACCAUCAGACCUACCUGGAGCUUGCUGAGCAGGAAUGUGAAUGGGAAGAAAUCACAAUCACAUCUUCUGAUGGCGUGGUGAAGUCCAUGAUCAUCGACAGGAGGUCUGGACGGCAGUAUGACAUUGACGAUGCCAUUGCACGAGGCCUCAUUGACAAGUCUGCUUUGGAUCAGUACCGCGCUGGUACCCUGUCCAUCACAGAAUUUGCUGACAUGUUGUCUGGGAACAUGAGUGGGUUCCGCUCUAGGUCAUCAUCAUUCGGGUCAACCUCAUCCUACCCCAUGAGCCCCAUCCCUUCCAUCAAAACCCCUGCAACAACAUGGACUGACCCAACCGAGGAGACCGGGCCUGUAGCUGGCAUCCUGGAUACAGACACCCUAGAAAAGGUGUCUGUUACUGAAGCCAUGCACCGGAACCUAGUGGACAACAUCACCGGUCAAAGGCUGCUUGAGGCUCAGGCUUGCACUGGUGGUAUAAUUGACCCCAGUACUGGAGAGAAGUUCACAGUUGCUGAUGCCGUCAAUAAAGGGCUCGUUGACAAGAUCAUGGUUGACCGCAUCAACCUGGCUCAGAAGGCCUACAAUGGAUUUGAAGAUCCCAGAACCAAAACUAAGAUGUCUGCUGCCCAAGCUUUAAAGAAAGGCUGGUUGUACUACGAGGCAGGUCAGCGUUUCUUGGAAGUCCAGUACCUCACCGGUGGCCUGAUAGAACCAGAAGUUGCAGGCAGAGUCUCAUUGGAUGAGGCUAUCAAGAAGGGUACCUUGGAUGCACGCACUGCUCAGAAGCUGAGAGAUGUCAGCGCCUACUCCAAAUAUCUGACCUGUCCCAAAACCAAGCUGAAAAUUUCUUACAAGGACGCCAUGGACAGAAGCAUGAUUGAAGAAGGAUCUGGCUUGCGUCUGCUGGAGGCCUCCUCCUCCUCAAGUAAAGGAUUGUACAGCCCCUACAACGUCAGCGGUUCUGGGUCAGCCUCUGGCUCUAGGUCUGGUUCUAGGACCGGCUCCAGAUCGGGCUCCAGGCGAGGCAGUUUCGAUGCCACCGGUUCUGGUUUCACCAUGAACUUCUCAUCUUCGUCUUACACCUCCACCAGCUACGGUCGCCGAUACAAUGCUGGCCCAUACAGUGGACUGAAUGUGGAUGAACUAGGGCAAGCCCUUACAGCACUCACAAUGAGCAGAACCUGCAGCUCUGAAGAGCGAGCUAUGUUCACGACAACACUACCCAUGCACUCACCAGUUGCAUAAUUCAAAGGAAAGGAAGUUAUGAAAAAGAAAAAUAUAUAUAUUUAUUCUGCUCUGCAUGUGGUUGCAUUUUGAAAUUGCAGUGAUCUUAACUGCAUUGUUGCUGGAUAUAGUUUCCUGUAGUUCCUGUUUUAUUUGGUGUGGAUAUUCAGAGCUAAACCUUUUCUGUCUAGCCUUAACGUUUUUAAAAUUCUGAAACAAAUUUGAUUUAUAUAGUUCUUUUCUGUGGCCAUUUUAUCCAUUAUACAGUACGAGUGCAUUGUUUUAAAGCUCAAAAGCCUGGGAAUUUUUUUUUUAUUAUUUCUUCUUUUAAUUACUGCAUUCUAACACUUGUCAGUGUUGGAAUGUGGUUAACAUUAUUUCAUUUUUUUUCUAUUGUAGUUAUGCUUGUCAAACGUAAUAUAUAAACAGUAAGGAAAAAUAGGAAUUCCUCCAACAUUUCUGUUGUUGAUUUACAGUGUUUUGUCCUCCUUCGUUUUUAAUUAAUUGAAGAGAGUAAUCCACAAGAUGACGGCAAGAUAGACUAUGCUGUUUACCAGAGUAAAAAUAUAUAUAUGGCUUUAUAUUUCUAUGUAUGUGUAUAGAUGUCUGAUCAUAAUAAUUUUACAAAGUGCAAGUUAUUAUCCGGCAAAGUAUGAAACAGUUAUUUGCUUGCUAUCUGCAGAGCAGAAUAAAAAUAAAAUUAAAAACACUAUGCUUAGACUUAACACUGGAAGAAAAGAAGCUUCAAGAUUCCUAGCUUUUAGAAAGUUUUGCAACUCUGCUACACUGCCACAGUUAUUCUGCCAUGUUCGAAAACCCUGAGAAAACCCUCACGCCCUGCCCCAGCAUGUCAAUCGGAUGUCCAGUCAUCUCAUUCUUAAUUAUAAAUGAAAAGUAUGUAUCAAAUGGAGAAGCAGCCAUCCCUCAGAAGAUCACACCAUAACACCUUCCUCACCAAAGUCAAACAUCUGCCUCUGAAAUACAAGGAACCCAUAGUCACCAUCAUGUUUCAACCAUUCCCAACACAUCAUCUCAAGACUUAAGAGAAGACCUCAGCGGUGUCCUGGCUUCACUGACCAUUACAUGUAAAAAGACCUGCAUCCCCCAGCAUCAUUUGGGUACUUCACUAAAGCCACAGGGACCCGGCUUUGAACUCUGGUAUAGAAACUAAUGGGCAAAAACAAAGACAGGGGUCUAGGACUGUUCUCAUGAUGGCUCUCUUUACCAAUUACGGAGAAGGAGGUGUAGACGUUGAGACGGCUUGGAAUAAUGGACACUUUAUCUCAGAUAACACUGGAACUCAACAGCUGCUUUGUCCGGACGUCAAGAUCCGCGUUCAAGCCCCUCCUUCUUUCUUUCAACACUCCUUCCACACAAGAAGAGAGCCAUUGGUCCCCCAUAAGGCCAUCCUGACAUCUCAAGACCUCCAUUUGCUCUUCUCCGAAGUCAGAACUACCACUUACCCUGCAGUAACCUGCAAGACACUUGCCUCAGCCCUCAUUCUGAGCGAGCUCCUGCGUCUUUGGGACCUCCCAAGGCCAUGCAGUGGUUUUUCAGAACCAGGAAUUAACUGCAAAUGGGUUCCCUUUUAACCAGUCUAGAGAUCUGCAAAACAAAGCUACAUAGAGACAUUGUUUUUUUUCAAAUGUUGGAAAUCUGAUGGAACAUCACAAAAUGCAGAUACCCUUCCUCUCUAAAGAGAGGUGUAAUGAUGUAAUGUCCCAUUUGUCCAGUCUUAGGCUCCCCCCCAAAUGUUCUAUUACCUCACUAAAAAUUGGAUAUGGUAAUAUGCUGAAAAACAUUUCAUGUUAUUCUUGUUGCAAAAGGAUCUUGAAGCUUUCACUCUUGAAUCUUUUUUUAACCAGUGUAUCAACUCCUUUUCCCAAUCAAUUUUUUUCAUCCUUUAUGUCCCAUUCUUACUUUAAAGUACUUGACUUCUGUAAAUCAUCAUGUUUUAUUUCAUUUUUUUUCAUCAUAUUUUUGAUAUCAUAUAUUAUAUAUUUUUGCUUUGCAUGUUUUACUAACUUGGUUAUAAAUGUACGGAUAAACCAGAGGCAAGAUGAAGAUAUUUUAAAAAUAUAUCUGCUUAACAAAGCAUUUUUUUUGUUUUAAGCUGGUUUAAAAGAUUAAAAAAGAUAUUUAAUCAAAACUAACUGGUUGGUUUUGCCCAUAAAAGAAGUUUGUGUUGUGAGGCAUGGUGAAAAGAAUUGGGUGUAUGUUUUGAGCAUAACACUAUCUAAUGUAAAUAAAUGUGCUAUAAAACUCUA